AUGCCUCAGCUCGUCGGAAAGCAAGUUGGUCCCACUGGCUACGGCCUCAUGGGCUUCUGCACCAAAAACCCUCCCACUCCCAAAGAGCAAGCCUUCAAGGCCAUGCGCGCUGCCCUUGAGUCUGGCGCCAACUUCUGGAACGCCGGUGAAUUCUACGGCUCGCCUGACUGGAACACUCAAAAGCUUCUGGCUGCCUACUUCAAGCAGUACCCCGAAGACGCUGAAAAGGUUGUCCUCUCGGUCAAGGGUGCCUUUCUCUUCCCGCAGAUGAUCCCCGACUGCUCGCCUGCGGGACUCAAGCGCUCCAUCGACGCCUGUCUCGCCGACCUGGACGGCACGCACAAGAUCGACAUCUUUGAGCCCGCCCGCAUCGACCCCAAGGUGCCGCUUGAGGAGACGCUCAAGUACCUCGAGGACGAGUACGUCAGCAAGGGCAUCAUUGGCGGCAUUGGUCUCUCUGAGGUUUCGGCCGCGACGAUCCGCAAGGCAGUCAAGAUCACCAAGAUCGCUGCCGUGGAAGUUGAGAUCUCCCUUUGGGCGACGCACACGCUGGAGAACGGCGUCGCUGAGGCUUGCGCCGAGUUUGGCAUCCCAUUGAUUGCUUACUCGCCCAUCGGCCAGGGCAUGCUCACGGGUCAGAUCAAGACGCUUGACGAUCUGGCCGCGGACGACUUCCGCAGGCACUACCCCCGGUUCUACCCCGAGAACUUCCAUUUGAACAUUCAGUUGGUUAGCGAGCUGAACGAGUUGGCCAAGAAGAAGGGAUACACGCCCGCGCAGUUGGCCAUCAACUGGGUCAAGUCGCUGAGCAAGAAGCCCGGUUACCCGACGGUUAUCCCGAUCCCUGGUGCGACUACCGCGGAGAGGGUCAAGGAGAAUAAUGUGGAUAUCGAGUUGACUAGCGAGGACCUGAAGAAGAUUGAUGAGACGUUGAAAAAGUUUGAGAUUGCCGGAAGGAGGUACCCUGAUGCUGUUCCUAUUGACGGCUGA